AUGGACGAUAUAGUUCUCAGGCUAUCUGACCAUGUAUUAGAAAUAAUAUUUUCAUAUCUAGAUUUAAAUACCAUUAGAAAUUGUUUAUUAGUUUGUAAAGCGUGGUAUAGAUUUUUAAACGAUGAAAACAAUGAAAUUUGGCGGAUGCACUGCAUUAGAAAAUUGGCCCAAGAGGCACUUAGCUCUGAAUUAUUGUCAUCUGUACCUACUUACAAAGAUAAAUUACGAGCACUUUAUCAUGCCUGGAAUCCAAAUGACUGUUCGAGAAAUGUUUUUAUCAAACCCAGUGGAUUUACUUUACACAGGAACCCAGUGGCUCAGAGUACGGAUGGAUGUCGUGGAAAAAUCGGGUUCCGACAUGGACGUCAUGCUUGGGAAGUUAUUUGGGAAGGUCCACUUGGUACUGUCGCUGUAAUAGGCAUUGCUACUAAAGAAGCAUCGCUUAUUUGCCAUGGUUACGUAGCUUUAUUGGGCUCUGAUGAACAUUCUUGGGGGUGGAACCUCGUUGACAAUCACCUUUUACAUAAUGGUGAUGCGCAGGGAAAUUAUCCGUUGCUUAAUAAUGCUCCAAAAUAUCAGGUUGGCGAAAGAAUCCGGGUAAUACUUGAUUGUGACGACAAUACAUUGUCAUUUGAAAAAAACUAUGAGUUUCUCGGUGUCGCAUUCCGCGGAUUACCAGAUAAAAAACUAUUCCCAGCUGUUUCUGCGGUGUACGGUAAUACUGAAGUAUCAAUGGUGUACUUAGGUCCACCUCUCGAUGGCUAA